ACCCAAACUUCCCUGAGUACCUGGAGCCAGGAAAGAAGCAUGAAAUGGAUUGUGCUCCUUGGGCUGGUGGCCUUCUCAGAGUGCAUAGUCAAAAUACCUCUAAGGAGAAUGAAGACCAUGAGAAACACCGUCAGUGGAAAAAACAUGCUGAACAGUUUCCUGAAAGAACAUACUUAUAGUCUGUCCCAGAUUUCUUCUCGCGUCUCAAAUCUAACUAUUCACCCACUGAGAAACAUCAUGGAUAUGCUCUACGUGGGUAACAUCACCAUUGGGACACCCCCUCAGGAAUUCCAAGUUAUCUUUGACACGGGCUCAUCUGACUUGUGGGUACCCUCUGUCUUUUGCCAAAGUCUAGCCUGUGCUACAAAGGUUAUGUUCAUACAUCUUCGGUCUUCCACCUUCCGGCCUACACAAAAGGUCUUCAACAUCAAGUACAAUCCUGGAAGGAUGAAAGGACUUCUUGUUUAUGACACAGUUCGGAUUGGGGACCUUGUAAGUACUGACCAGCCUUUCUGUAUAAGCCUGUUGGAAACCGGAUUUGAGAGUGUACCUUUUGAUGGCAUCUUGGGCUUGAACUACCCAAACAUAUCCGUCUCUGGAGCCAUCCCCAUCUUUGACAACCUGAAGAAUGAAGGUGCCAUUUCUGAGCCUGUUUUUGCCUUCUACUUGAGCAAAAACAAGCGGGAGGGCAGUGUGGUGAUGUUUGGUGGGGUGGACCACCGCUACUACAAGGGAGAGCUCAACUGGAUACCAUUGAUCCAAGCGGGCAACUGGAUUGUAAACAUGGACCGCAUCUCCAUGAAAAGAAAGAUUAUUGCUUGUUCUGGAGGCUGCGAGGCCCUUGUGGACACUGGAACAGCACUGAUCAAAGGCCCAAGAAGACUGGUCAGUAACAUACAGAAGCUCAUCGGUGCCACGACACGGGAUUCCAAGCACUACGUUUCAUGUUCUGUGGUCAAUACCCUGCCCGCAAUUAUCUUCACCAUCAACGGCAUCAACUACCCGGUGCCAGCACGAGCCUACAUCCUCAAGGAUUCUAGAGGCAACUGCUAUACAACUUUUAAAGAGAACACAGUGAGAACAUCUAAAGAGACCUGGAUCCUGGGUGACGUCUUCCUGAGACGGUAUUUCUCAGUCUUUGAUCGAGGAAAUGACAGGAUUGGCCUGGCACGGGCAGUGUAA